AUGGCCGAACCAGCCCCAUCCCCUUCGACGCCGCUGGACUAUCAAUUCACAUUCGAUGACGACUUGGCAGAAUACGCCAAGCCCCUGAUCGAGUGGCAUCAACUUCACAACAACAAAUAUAGCGGGCUCGUCGCCGGCGCUAUCGUCUUUGAUGCACAAGGGCGUGUGCUCAUCCUACGCCGCGCGGCGCACGAUUACCUCCCUGGACUCUGGGAGCCGCCUGGUGGAUCAGUCGAUCCAACAGAUCAGAGCCUGUUGCACGCCUGCGUCCGUGAACUUUGGGAAGAGGCGGGUUUAAGGGCCCGACGGAUCAUGUGUGUCGUGGGCCAGGGGAACGAGUGGAAUGCCGGCUCUAAACUCUUUCAUCGUUACACUCUGUUGAUCGAGGCGCAUGAGGGAGAGGUUCGAACUGAUCCAGAGGAGCACUCUGAAUGGAAAUGGGCGACACGGGAAGAGAUCGUAGCGGAAAGAAUGGACGACGGAACAAUCAUACCGAUGACCUUUCCUAUUACUAAAGAAACCUUGCUUGAGAGUAUAAGACUGUACCAGGCGCGUCAAGGAGCGAUGGCAGUGAUUUAG